AUGGCGGCACAGGUGACAUUGAUGGUGCAAAGAAGCACGAGGAAAAAUGGGGAUGCUCAAGACGAUGAAUAUGAAGGUGUUGACGUGAUGAAACACACCGUGGGUCAAUCACUGCACGAUGCGAAUGACGACUAUGGUAAUUCUUCUGACGUAGAUGAUGAAGAAGCAGCAUAUGCUAACACUGACGAAGACGAUCAAGUUGAAGAGGAGGAAUGA